GUGAGUUAGAUGGUAGAAGUCUUUGGGGGAGUUUGAAUUGAAUUGGAGGAUGAGAUGAUAUUGAGAUGAGAAGAAGGUUGGAAUAUAAUCUUGGAUUCGAUGCUCCAUGUUGCUGUUUUCCUUCUUCUCCUCUUUCUUCCAUCAAAUAAAUAAACAAACCCUACUUUACUUUCUCAUUCAUUCCCUCCUCAAAUGAAAUGAAACUCUUCUUUCUCUUUCGCAUUUCCUUUCUUCUUCUUCUUCUUCUUCUUCUUCUCCUUCUCCUUUCGCUUCUCAAUCAACACUGCGUCAACGCCUUUUCUCGCUCAUCCUCAGCGCGUUCCAUUCUCUCCCUUCCUCCUAAUGCAGCAACUACAGCACUGAUUGCCACACUAGAUGGGACCAUGUAUUUGGUGGACAGCCAGGAGCAUGGUCCCAUGAGGGUAAUAUGGUCAUUCUCUACAGGAUCGCCGAUCUACAGUUCGUAUCAAGCUCCUAUCAAUAAGGAACGUGGUAAAGAAAAUGCAUCUGCAGCACCAAUUAGCGGGUUCGUGGAGUGUGGGGAUGAUUGGUCUUUGUACAUGCACGACAAGCACUUUGGUAAAAUGAGAAUCUCAGAAUCUAUCGCAGAAUUUGUACUCCGUACACCUACCAUUUCAGAUGAUGGAGCAGUUAUACUUGGAUCCAAAGAAAUCACUUUAUUUGAAGUUGACGCUAAAACUGGGUCGAUCAUUCAAAUCCAUGCCAAGUCCGAUCCUGAUAAUGCUUCUGCACCUAUGAGUGAUGACACACUGAGUGUUAGAAAUGUCAUCAGUGCGGGUAAAAAGGAUGUUGCUGAUCCUGAGAAGCUAAAUUCAUCACAGCCACUGCUCAAGAUUUUCAGGUCAGAUUAUUCUCUGCAGUCUGUUAGCCCCAGCUCGGGAAUAGUAUUGUGGACUUUGACCGUAGCUGAGUUUGAGGCGGUAUUAUUAUGCCAACAUACUACAUUUGAUGUAGAGGAUGAAAAUUAUUCUGACAGUGACAUCAAUUUUGCGAUGCCUUACCCGUGUCAAGAGAUGCAACAAGUCUUUCGCCUGAAAAAGAAUUUUCUGCUAGAAUCUUCAAUCACCGAAAGUUUACAUAGGACUUAUCAUGAAAAUGAUAUACUCUCAAUGCCUGCCUCAGAUCCGAUGAUUCCAUUGCAACCUAAUAUUGAUAGAUUUUUCGAUGGUCAUGAUGGUAAUACGAUGAAGCUUCCUACGCCUUUGCCAAAUUCUAUCCUUUCUCUGCAAACAAAUAAUAAGUUCUAUAACAGUAAUGAUAAUGCAGAUAAACUCCUUCAGCCUCUCAUUGAGAUGACUUCACCAGCUGAUGUUUAUUUGAACAAGAAGAGUGGAUGGUCAACUCCAUUACCUCAUAUUUUGUUUAUGGUCUCUCUUCUGGUGUCAGGCUUUUCUCUCGUCAGCUUUCUUCUGCUGAAGGAGAUUAAGAAUCAAGAUAUACCAAAGGACCAAAACAGAGAGUGUGAAUUGAAAAGUUCACCCGCUAAGAAAAAUAAAACACACAAGUCAGGAGAAAACAGUGGCAUUAUCGAUAAAUUGGAAAAACACGUUUCUUCAGAAGAUGAAGAUGAACCAACACGAAAGGAUACUAAUAGAGAAGUAUGGCAGAACUUAAAUCAAGUUGAUGAAGGUGUCGAUGGACGAAGGAUUGGUAAAUUAUUCGUUUCAAAUAAAGAGAUUGCUAAGGGAAGCAAUGGUACCAUUGUGCUUGAUGGAAGAUAUGAAGGCCGACCUGUUGCAGUCAAACGUCUGGUCAGGGCUCAUCACAGUGUAGCCAAUAAAGAAAUCCAAAAUCUCAUUGUGUCUGACUGUCAUCCAAACAUUGUUCGAUGGCAUGGGGUGGAGCAUGAUCAAGAUUUUAUUUACCUUGCACUGGAACGUUGUACUUGCAACUUAGAUGAUUUGAUUCAAAUUUAUUCAGAUACAUCAGAGAACUCUGUUUUUAAGAAGGACCAAGCAUUCAUAUGUUUGAUAAAGGGCCAAAUGAAGACAGGGAAGGGUAAUACACAACAUCUUUGGAAAGAAAGUGGCUAUCCAUCACCUCUAUUGCUGAAAUUGAUGAGGGAUAUUGUUUCUGGGGUUGUUCAUUUGCAUGAACUAGGAAUAAUACACCGUGAUUUGAAACCCCAAAAUGUUCUAAUAAUCAAGGAAAGAUCCUUAUGUGCAAAGCUUUCUGACAUGGGCAUUAGUAAGCGUCUUCUUGAAAAUAUGUCCUCUUUGGGUCAUAAUGCUACUGGUGGAGGCAGUUCAGGUUGGCAAGCCCCAGAGCAGCUUGUUCAAGGACGCCAAACACGAGCUGUAGAUAUAUUUAGUUUAGGCUGUGUUCUUUUUUUCUGUAUGACUGGAGGAAGACAUCCAUUUGGACAACAUCUUGAACGUGAUAUCAAUAUUGUGAAAAAUCGGAAGAAUCUUUUCUUAGUGAAGUUCAUUCCGGAAGCUAAGGAUCUUAUUAGCUGUUUAUUAAACCCUGACCCUAAUCUAAGACCGAGAGCGAUUGAAGUAUUACAUCAUCCUUUUUUCUGGAGUUCUGAGACAAGACUUUCAUUUUUACGUGACACGAGUGACAGGGUGGAAUUGGAAGAUAGAGAGAUUAGUUCUGAUCUUUCAAGGGCGUUAGAACGCAUUGCCACAACGGCCUUAGGUGGUAAAUGGGAUGAAAAGAUGGAACCAGCUUUGAUUGCUAACAUUGGUUAUUACCGGCGUUACAAGUUUAACAGUGUUCGAGAUUUGUUGCGGGUUAUGAGAAACAAGCUAAAUCAUUAUGGAGAAUUGCCUAAAGAAAUCCAGGAACUAGUUGGACCUGUUCCUGAAGGAUUCAAUGACUACUUUGCAAACCGAUUCCCAAGACUCUUGAUUGAAGUGUAUAAAGUUAUAUCCAAGCAUUGCAAGGAGGAAGAGUGUUUUCAAAGGUAUUUUAAAAAUGUCGAUUAGUGCCUUGGCCUCCUACGUAUGGCCUGAAAAUAGAUGACAUGGGGAAGAAGGUUGCAGUGUGAAGUGGAAUAUGUCUAUAUUUUAUAAAAAGCAAUAAUACGUGUAUAUAUAUGUUGUAUGUAUAUUAUCACUGAUUGAUCAAUCUAAGUUACACCUUUUUAGUUUUCA